UUACAGCAGCAUAGUGAUUAAGCAAUUGGACCAGAGUUUACAAGGUCUGGAUUACUGAUUUGACAGUGUGAUUUCAAAGUUCCAGUGUUCCAUUUUAGGAAUUUAAAUUCCAGUAAGUAAAUAAACCUGCAAUUUAGAAGUGGCACUUGUGGUGACCAUGAAGUUAUUAGAUUGCUGUAAAAACCAAUUUAUUCACUAACUGCUUCUAGGAAGGCUCUUACUUACUUGGUCUGUAUAUAUGUCAUUAUGGACACAUCCUGCUACAUUUAUUUACUUUAUUCUGAGAUGCAGUACAGAAUAGAACCGUGUAGCCCAUUGAGCCACACCUCCAAACAUUCCCCAAUUUUAGCCCCAACCUAAUCACAGGACAAUUUAUAAUGACCAGUUAACCAGUGUGUCUUUGGACUUUGAGAUGAAACUGGAGCACCUGGAGAAAUUCCGACACUGGAAUUGAACUCCAGACGCCUAAGCCCUAAGCUGUAAUAGCACCAUGCUAGCCGUAACGCUGCAGUAACACCCAACCAUGGGGUUGACUCCCAAUCACCUAUUUAUAAACAAAGCCUGUCGGGAAGCGGCCUGGUCGAGGGAAGUGCCUGGUGUGAAAAGUGCCAGUCUUUGGCUCGGGAGUCUUCAGUGAGGAGGUGGAGGGAGGAGACUACGCCAGACACAAUUGGAGAGGGUGAAGACAUGACUGCUAAGCUGAUUCAGUGUGCUACGUACAUGAUGUGGGAGGUCAGGGACACUGAUGGUGCCCCCGGCUGCUACAUCUGUGGAAAGUGUGUCCAGAUUCAGCUUCUGAAGGAGCAUUUUGCAGCACUGAAGAAAGAACUGGAUGACCACAGGUUUAUCCGCGAAAACGAGAGUUUUCUGGACAGGACCUACAGUGAGGUCAUCACACCAAGGAUACCGGAAGAGAGAAAGGCGGCGACGAUGAGGAAGGAAAGGAUGCUUGAAGUACAGGAGACCCCAAGGAAUAUACCUCUCGUAAACAGGUUCACCCUCUUGGAAGCUGUCAGGCCAGAAGAUACUGCCAGUCUGAGAGGCGGACAGGUCUGCAAGCCGAAAAUUAGUGCAGAAGCAGAGCCGAGGAGUCAGACAUCAGGAAGAACCGUGGUAGUGGGGGACUCUAUAGUAAGAGGUACGGAAAGGGGUUUCUGCAGCAACAGGCGAGAUUUAAGAUGGUGUGUUGCCUGCCUGGUGCUAGGAUCCAGGACAUCACGGACCGAUUGCAGGGAAUCCUCAAGGGUGAAGGUGAACAGCCGGAAGUGGUAGUGCAUGUCGGCACAAAUGACAUCGGGAAGAAGAGGAAGGACAUUCUGCAGUAGGACUUCAGAGAUUUCGAAAGAAGGCUGAAAAGCAGGAAUUCCAGGGUGGUUAUCUCUGGUUUCCUUCCAGUUCCUUGUGCUGGAGGGCAGGAACAGGGAGAUAAUGGAUCUGAAUGUGUGGCUGAGAAACUGGUGCAGGAAGCAAGGAUUUACAUUCUUGGACCACUGGGACGUGUUUUGGGGUAGGGAUGAAUUGUGCAAAAGGGACGGGUUGCACCUUAAUAAGCGGGGGGCCAGCAUUCUGGCAGACAGGUUUGCCACUGCAACACGAAUGUGUUUAAACUAAGUAGUGUGGGGGAGGGGAUGAACUGGAAAUAUAAGGAUGGAGUUAAAGGGAAAGUGAAAAUAAGGAAAGCUAAAAAGGACAACAGAAUCAAUGGAGUAGAAAGCUCAAGAAGAGAUCAUACAGUAUGGCCAAGUGAAAUAGGAAUUGAUAUGAAAGGAGAGGGGAGUAACGAAUUAAAAGCAUUAUAUAUGAAUGCACGAAGUAUAAGGAAUAAAGUAGAUGAGCUUGAGGCUCAGUUGGAAAUUGGCAAGUACGAUGUUGUGGGAAUAACAGAGACAUGGCUUCAAGCGGACAGGGCCUGGGAAAUGAAUAUUCAAGGCUUUACAUCUUAUCAAAAGAACAGACUGACUGGCAGAGGGGGUGGGGUGGCUCUGUUGGUGAGGAAUGAUAUUCAGUCCCUUGCGAGGGGGGACAUAGAAACAGGGGAUGUAGAGUCAGUAUGGAUAGAACUGAGAAAUUCUAAGGGUAGAAAGACCCUAAUGGGAGUUAGCUGCAGGCCCCCAAACAGCAGUCUGGAUGUAGGGUGUAAGUUGAAUGAAGAGUUAAAAUUGGCAUGCCGCAAAUGUAAUGAUACAGUUGUCAUGGGGGAUUUCAACAUGCAGGUAGACUGGGAGAAUCAGAAAGGUACUGGACCCCAAGAAAGAGAGUUUGUGGAGUGCCUCCAAGAUGGAUUCUUAGAACAGCUUGUACUGGAGCCUACCAGGGAGAAGGCAACUCUAGAUUUAGUGUUGUGCAAUGAACCGGAUUUGAUCAGGGACCCCAAGGUAAAGGAACCAUUAGGAGAUAGUGACCAUAAUAUGAUAUGUUUCAACCUACAAUUUGAGAAAGAGAAGGGAAAAUUGGAUGUGUCAGUAUUACAUUUGAACAAAGGGAACUAUGGAGCUAUGAGGGAGGAGCUGGCCAAAGUUCAAUGGAACAAUACCCUAGCAGGGAAGACAGUGGAACAACAAUGGCAGGUAUUUCUGGGAAUAAUGCAGAAGGUGCAGGAUCGGUUCAUUCCAAAGAGGAAGAAAGAUCCUAAGGGGAGUAAGGGGCGGCCGUGGCUGACGAGGGAAGUAAAGGGCAGUAUAAAAAUAAAAGAGAAAAAGUAUAACAUAGCAAAGAUGAACGGGAAACCGGAAGACUGGGAAGCUUUUAAAGAGCAACAGAAGAUAACAAAAAAGGCAAUACGCCAAGAAACAAUGAGGUACGAAGAUAAACUAGCCAAGAUUAUAAAGGAGGAUAGUAAAAGCUUCUUUAGGUAUGUGAAUAGCAAAAAAAUAGUUAAGACCAAAAUUGGGCCAUUUAUGGCAGAACGGGUGAAUUUAUUAUGGGGAACAAGGAAAUGGCAGAUGAGUUGAACAGGUACUUUAGAUCUGUCUUCACUAAGGAAGAUACAAACAAUCUCCCAGAUGUAAUAGUGGCCAAAGGAACUAGGGUAAAGGAUGAACUGAAGGAAAUUUAUAUUAGGCAAGAAACGGUGUUGGAUAGACUGUUGAGUCUGAAGGCUGAUAAGUCCCCGGGACAUGAUGGCCUGCAUUCCAGUGUACUUAAAGAGGUGGCUCUAGAAAUCAUGGACACAUUGGUAAUCAUUUUCCAAUGUUCUAUAGAUUCAGGAACAGUUCCUGCUGAUUGGAGGGUGGCUAAUGUUGUCCCACUUUUCAAGAAAGGAGGGAGAGAGAAAACAGGGAAUUAUAGACCGGUUAGCCUGACGUCAGUGGUGGGAAAGAUGCUGGAGUCAAUUAUAAAAGAGGAAAUUACAACACAUUUGGAUAGCAGUAGAAGGAUCAGUCCGAGACAGCAUGGAUUUAUGAAGGGAAAAUCAUGCUUGACUAAUCUUCUGGAGUUUUUGUGGAUGUAACUAUGAAAAUGGACAAGGGAGAGCCAGUGGAUGUAGUGUACCUGGACUUCCAGAAAGCUUUUGAUAAAGUCCCACAUAGGAGAUUAGUGGGCAAAAUUAGGGCACAUGAGUAGCGAUUAACAGGUCCCUUUCGGAAUGGCAGGCUGUGACCAGUGGGGUACCGCAAGGUUCAGUGCUGGGACCGCAGCUGUUUACAAUAUACAUUAAUGAUUUAGAUGAAGGGAUUAAAAGUAACAUUAGCAAAUUUGCCGAUGGCACAAAGCUGGGUGGCAGUGUGAAAUGUCAGGAGGAUGUUAUGAGAAUGCAGGGUGACUUGGACAUGUUGGGUGAGUGGGCAAAUGUAUGGCAGCUGCAGUUUAAUGUGGAUGAAUGUGAGGUUAUCCAGUUUGGUGGCAAGAACAGGAAGGCAAAUUACUAUCUAAAUGGAGUCAAGUUAGGAAAAGGGGAAGUACAAUGAGAUCUAGGUGUUCUUGUACAUCAGUCAAUGAAAGCAAGUAGGCAGUGAAGAAAGCUAAUGGCAUGCUGGCCUUUAUAACAAGAGGAAUUGAGUAUAGGAGUAAAGAGGUCCUUCUGCAGCUGUACAGGGCCCUGGUGAAACCCCACCUGGAAUAUCGUAUGCAGUUUUGGUCUCCAAAUUUGAGGAAGGACAUUCUUGCUAUUGAGGGAGUGCAGCAUAGGUUCACAAGGUUAAUUCCCGGAAUAGCGGGACUGUCAUAUGUUGAAAGAUUGGAGCGACUGGGCUUGUAUACACUGGAACUUAGAAGGAUGAAAGGGGAUCUGAUUGAAACAUAUAAGGUUAUUAAGGGAUUGGACACGCUGGAGGCAGGAAGCAUGUUCCCGCUGAUGGGUGACUCCAGAACUAGAGGCCACAGUUUAAGAAUAAGGGGUAGGCCAUUUAGAACAGAGAUGCGGAAUAACUUUUUCACCCAGAGAGUGGUGGAUAUGUGGAAUGCUCUGCCCUAGAAGGCAGUGGAGGCCAAGUCUCUGGAUGCAUUCAAGAGAGAGUUAGAUUAAGCUCUUAUAGAUAGCGGGGUCAAGGGAUAUGGGGAGAGGGCAGGAACGGGGUACUGAUUGUGUAUGAUCAGCAAGAUCACAGUGAAUGGCGGUGCUGGCUAGAAGGGCCAAAUGGCCUACUCCUACACCUACUGUCCAUAGUCUAUUAAAGCCAUUGAAGCUUAUUUACUCUGUUAAUUAAAACUAUAAUUUUCUUUGUUAGCAUUUUAAUGAUUUUAAUAUAUUUAACAUUUUAUUGUUUUUCAUUGACUUGAAAAGUUUAAAAAUUAUGUUUGAUUGUCCAGACCUUUUAAAAGGGUGUUAAGUGUUUUUGCAACUAGCUGUGGAACUAACGUCAUCACGAUGGUCUUGUAUCGGAGCCUUGGGGUGAUGUCUAAAGCCUGAAUUCCAAACAGAGCCCAAUGCACCAAGGGGAAUGGCCCUCAGGUCAGAGGGUUUGUUUGUUCAGCCUUUCAAUCGAGAUAAAGUUCGGCAGAGUGGAGCGCUGGGCAGUAGACCAGGCAGAGUGAAGACAAUAUUACAGCAAAAUAAACACCACAAUAUCUUUUUUUUCAAGAGCCAAUUC